AUGGCAGAUUCAAAGAGCAGAAAACGCAAGUUGCUGCGGGUUCCUCGCAAGAAGGGUUCGCUAUCUAUUUUCAAUAAUCUGACUGACGAACUCCUUAAUGAAAUCCUCAUUAGACUACCAAGUUGCAAACAAGCAAUUCGAUGCAAAUUGGUUUGCAAACGCUGGUUUUCCCUAAUCACCUCCGAUUACUUCGUGACUACCUCUGUCCACCACCAUCGAAAUAAGGAUGAAACUAUUCUCCCCUUUACUCUUCUUUUACAUGAUCGGGAAAAUAAUAGUGUAGAGUAUGUAGAGUGCCCCAAACGGAAACGUGGUUUAUCAUCAAGCCAUGUGGAUUUAGGGUUUCUGCCGGAUAAAAUAUGCUUAGAAGCAUCCUAUGGUGACUUAAUUUUAUGCUAUGAUGGAAGAAAUUACUCUAUCUGUAAUAUUCUGACUAGGCAAUGGAUUAUUCUUCCCCCUUCCCGUUUAGGUAUUAGUGGUGGUAUUGGUUUCUUGGUUGAGCCUAAUUGUGUGGAUAAUGUUCCAUACAAGGUGUUAAAAUAUUCUUUUCGUGAUGAAUAUAGGAUUGACGUUGAGAUUUUUUCGUCUGAGCAAGGAAGAUGGACCAGAUUUGUUGUUACAUCUCCGCGCCGUUUGAAUUACUUAAAGAGCAACACUCCACUUAUUGCUUGUGGACGGAUGUUAUAUAGAUUGCCUUAUAGGAGUUGUGACCAUAUGCCGGCUAACUUUGUUAUGGCAUUUGAUCCAUUCACAAAUGAUCCUGCACAAAUUGUACACAUUAUUGAUUUACCAUUUGAGACUCGUGAUGAACGUACCUUAUUGUUAUGCGGUCAAUAUGAUUUCUUAGUGUCUUCUACAUUGGGGGUGUGUCGAGGUCGUCUACGGUUUGCUCAAGUAGCUGAAAAAUAUGGUUUAUUCCUAAGUGUAUGGGAGCUUGAGGAUUACAGAAUGGGGAAAUGGACAUUGGUGCACAAGAGCUUAAGCAGACAACGACUAGGAUCUGUGCUAGCUUUUCACCCAAAUAAUGAGGAUCUUAUAUGUUCUCGUAUAGGUGAUUAUCGCGUUGUCGUGUACAAUUUACGAACGGGUAAAGUGGAAAGCUUUACCUACCCUCGUAUACUCAAGCUGCCGAAUUCGCCAAGCAGUGAUGCAUUACAAGUAUUACCAAUUACACAAAAAUGGUGGCCAACACCAGUAAGAGGAGCUUCCUAUCAGGAGUGAGUCUUGGUCCUUUGGAUUGGAGUUGUUGAUCGUUCGUAUCGUUUUCUUUUUAUUGUCCAUAUUUAGUUCUUCCAGGCCUAUGAUAUAGUGCUGAACUCCAAACAUGCUAACUUAGAAUUGUUUUUUGUUUUGCUUGAUAGUUAGCAAAGACCUUUAUUUCAGGUUAUUGUAUUCAUAGUUUUUAACUCCUCAGUUAUCCCCACUGCUCAAUAUUUUUAAUGCCUAUGACUUUUAUA